AUGUGCCCUGCUACAUCGAGGACGCCUCAGCCGUGGACUCGAGAACGGAUCUUGUUCGUAGCACUUGCUGCUCGUUUCAUAUUAGUGCUGUAUUCAAAUAUCCAUGAUUAUAUGUUUCAUGUUAAUUUCACUGACAUCGACUACAGCGUUUACAGCGAUGCUGCUAAGCAUGUUGCAGCAGGACGAAGUCCUUUUGAAAAGGAGACUUACAGGUACACGCCAGCUCUAGCGUGGAUUCUACUGCCGGUAAAUACAUACAAAGAUUUCGGUGAGCUCCUCAGCUUUGAAUAUGGCAAGUAUGGUGCGAAUAUUGGUACGCCAACAAAUUUUUUAGGAAAAUACCUAUUUUGUAUAUUUGACGUCAUCGUUGGAUGGUUUUACUUUCAAAUGUUGUCGUCGCAUGCUGAAACCGGGCACAAGAGGAGGGGUCAUGUACGCAAUGAAACAGGAGAGGAUGUGAUGUCAGAGGAUAAGAUCGUUCAAUCAGUGGUGAUUUUCUGGCUAGCCAACCCGCUAACUGCGAUAAUUUCAGCAAGGGGAAGUGCUGAUGUGCUAGUCUGCGCUGCUGUGCUAUUUACCCUUUAUCUUCUCAACAAGGAGAUGUGGGUUGCCGCUGCUGUUGUGCAUGGUGCAUUAGCGGUUCAUCUGAAAAUCUAUCCAGUGAUAUAUCUUCCGUCAAUAUUCCUCCAUUUAUGUCAGUUUUCCGCCGGUCCCUGUAUAUUUGCUGACAUGAAGAAGCUUCUAAUGAACUGCAAAGGAUUCGCAUUCGCUUUGGUAAGACUUACGGUACCAGUAAUUUUUUGUCUCCGUAGAAAGCAAAUCAACUGA